AUGGAUCUCCGCUCGCCGUUGCUCGCAACGAGGCGGUUUAUACACCGUCGAGCGGACUCCAGUUCGUCCAGAGCCUCCCGUGUGUCCAGUGAUUCUGAUGAACCCUUCGCCUUCUCGCCCGCCAACACACCUUCGGAGGAGACUCCUCCCUUCCGAACCUCGAAUCCACGGUAUGCGAUGGAUUCAUCAGCUCCUGGCAAGCGCCUCCCUGGCAAAGGGACCCCGUCGUGCCUGCCGGGCUGGACAGUGUGCGGGAAUCCCCAGGGGGAAGUUGAAGAUAACGCCCGAGACGUUGCGAGUGAUCUUGCGUUAAGUCCAAGCAGCAAAACCCGGCCAAUCGACAUCGAAUUGCCCAAGCGCCGAAGGCCUGACCCGAACUCGACAUCCACGUUCACCCCACCAGCGCCCCUAUCAGCGAGAGGCGACAUCUCUGGAGCCUACUUCCCUCUUCAUGAGGACCCCGCAUCUCGCAUUCGAGCUCCCCAUCCCUUUCAGGCAGACACCGAGAUGGCUCGACGAAGCUCAUUGCAACGGGCCGCUGAGCUUGGCAGAUGCGACACCGGUGCUCGCUCAUCGGGGCGUCAGAAUGCUUCCCCAACCUCGCAGUACCCCGGCAUGAAGCCGACAAGUGCGUCGGCUUCCCCUUACACGCCCAUAUCGUCAUACAUACCCAGCGGUCUUCACGAUGAUGUAGUCCUUCCCAUGGGAAAGUACUAUCCAUCCAACUGGGAGAAACGACAUGGAAAGAAAUCGCAUCUUCAACCGUCAACAACGGCGAAACCUGCUGCUCCGGUUGUCACAAAAUCUGAGCCGCAGGUCCCAAGGCCCCACGACGAGCACCGACAUGCCCGGCCCGACCUUGACGUCAAACGGCGCUUGCAACAAUAUCAGAGAGAUAUGGUGGCUCAAGCCGCGAUGGCUGCCAGUGCUGUGUUAGCCAAAAGCCAAUCCAUGGCAGGUUCAGCGCGCGCCUCGUCGCGCGGUGGAGGAACUCUUCCGACAGCGCAGUUUGCAGCAGCCUUCCUCAAAGCGCACAAGCCCCUCUCGCCGAGAUUGCAGCCCGUUGGGAGCCCUGGGGUCCCAAUCACCCCAAUGUCACUGGAGGAUGAGUCGUACCUGACUCUCGGCUCGCCUGCAACUGGCAUGGCUGCCCAGCCCCAGACCACGGAGGCUGGAGAUGCCAUGCGACCUGGCGAAAAGAAACGACAACGAAACAAAUCCCGCUCCCCGUCCAUUGGGCUGAGCGCUGUAUCCGUUUAA